UACACACAUAGUUUUAUAGACAAAUGGCAAAUUAUUAGGGAAAAAUCGUUACAGUAACAUAAAUAAACGAGAACAUGACAGUUCUUUAGAAAUAAAAAAAGGAACAAUUGUGUGAAAUUACCAAUAAAUAAACAAUAACAUAAUAAGAAAAAGAAAAUCAGUGUUUUUAAAGUUAAAAACCAUUACUAAAGAACAAAAUCGUAGUAUUAUUUAAAGAAUUUUCCGAAAAUUAAUUUGUGCAAAAGUUUACAACAAUGAUGAACUAUAAAACUAGGACAUCCGGUGCCCCACCAGUACCACCACAACGUUACUCCUCUAUGCGUGGUAGUGCUCCAGGCACACCACCCACUGGCAUAACUGCAGCACCCACGUUUGGUGGUAAUAGCAGCAGCAAUAAUGCCAAUGCUGUUAGUCGUUUAGUCAUUGAUUUGGAAACAAAAUACGGUAAACAUUUUCACAAUGUUACCGAAUUUCCCAAGCCACCACCAUUUGUAAAUAUUCAAAAAGUGUAUCCUAGUCGAACUGUCAAAACAGCAAAUGGUAUGUAAAUAAACAAAGAAAACAAAAACAACAUACAAACAAUAUGCUACUCCUCUAGCCACUAAAUGAAAUGAGGAAUUAUUUAUCAAGGAAUGCUGUUCAUUUUCUUUUUAAAAAUAUUAUUAUUAUUAUUAUUUUUUCUUAAAAAUUAAGUUAAACUUUAGUUUUAAACAAAUAUUGUUUGUUUUUAUUAUUUGCAACAAAGAAAACAAAAAUAUUUUCUUUUCUAGCAAAUCGUUACUGCACGUGAAUUAUACUUUUAUUGCAAACAAAAACUGAUGUCUUUUUUUAAAUAAUAACAAAAAACGAUGUAUUAUUUUCAUUAUUAUUAUCAUUUCUUUUGUAUUAUUAAAUAAAAUAAAUCUGUAAUAUUUUGUAAAUGAAGUUCUUUUUUAUUAUUUUUAUUAUAUUUUAAUGUUAUCUAAUCAUUUAAUAUUAUUAUUAAAUUAAAUUUUUUUAAUUAUUAUCGAAGCAACAAAUUUUAAGCAAAAUAUUUUUACUUGUCGUUAAUUAAGCAAGAAAAUUUGAAGUUUUUAUUUAGAAAAUUAUGAAUUAUAAAGAAUAGCUUUAUUGAAAUUUUGUUUUUUUUAGGUUUUUAUAAAAAACUAUUAUUUGUUUAAACUAAUGUCAUUUUGUUAUAAAAAAAGAAGAAAAACCUCAACAUUAAGUAGUUUUAACACCUUAAAGUAUGCUGCAUAAAAACAAAUAAAAAAAAAAAACACAUACACCUACAUACACUUACACUCACACCUCUACUUUUAGCAUGCUUAUUAUUAUUUUUUAAUUAUUACUUUUAAUGUACAUUAUUGUUUUUAAAAUAAUAAUUAUAAUUAAAAAAAAUGUUUUAAUUAUUUUAUAUACAUAAAUAAAUACAUAUUUAAUAAAACAUUUAUACACAUUUUAUUUGAUUCUUCUACUUCUAUUUUGUAUGCGCAUUAAAAAAAAAUCAACAAUAAAAUCUUUAAUAAACAAA